AUGUUUGAACAAUGCACCUCAUGGUCAGAACCAGGAACAACGAGUUUAGGUGAUCGUUCGGUUAGUGGUAAUUCAUCGACACUGUUUAACGGUGUACUGAGCAUUUUUCUUGACAAUAAUCAAAAUCUUUAUGUGUCGGAUUAUGGUAAUUAUCGUGUUCAGAAAUGUAAUCUUACUACGCGACAAUGUACAACAGUUGCCGGUGGUCAUGGAAAUGGUACAGCAAGCAAUCAGUUUGGACUUAUUUGGUAGGUGUAUUACUCCGUUUUUUAACUGGAAACGAAAAUUCGAAGGAGGCCAUCAACGUUAACUAGACCCCCCCAUAACAGAAGAUCAUCCACUACUAGAAGACCACUGCCGAUUAUAGGACUUGAAAGCCAAAUAGAAGAUCAUGGUCGUCUACUGUGUCCGCUAAAUAAGUCGGAAAAUGCCCUGAAAAAAAAUCUCGCCAAAAUGUUUUUCUAAUAAGGUAUGGACUGUAAGUAUGUGAGGGGUUACCGCUGGAUUAUUAGCAGGCCACAGAAUUUGACCGCAAUAGAAGACCACCCUUUAGAACUCGACUUAGCCGGGCGAAACUUGCGAAUGUUAUGCAAAUAGGCGAGUUGAACACACUAAAAUUAUCUGCAAUUCAUAGCUAAUCAACGCCUUGCGCUACUGUGAAUGUGCUAUAAAAGCAGCCUUACACUAGAUUAAACAUGGUGCCUGUAUAUUCAGAGCAACUAUCCGGUUAUAGCUAUUAAUACGCCAAACUACAGAAAAUAUGGAAAAUUAAGAUACAAUAUUUUCAGAAUCCAACCCUGCACCGUUUACCUCAUCUCACACUACAGAUUACGUAAAGAUCAACCAAGCUGGAAAUCGUGUGCCCUUAGGCUCACACAGCUCUUUCAAAAGUCAGUCAGAAAAAGUUAACAUUUAAAAGUCAUUACAGAGAAAGGCAAGUGCUGGAAUUUUGGAUUUCAUGCAUAAGCUGAAUCUUUGAAGAGAUCAUAUAUACAAAUGCCAUUUUUUCUUUGAUUACCCACUGAAAAAAAUAAUCAAAAUUCAUGCAGGAUCCCGCGGGUUAUCGGUAUUAAAAUAUCUGGCGAUGUUUCUUACCUUUACGCAGGAUUUUUAUACUGUCAGUCCUGACAGAACCCUGCAUAGUUUAUGUAGGGU